AUGUCACGAAGUUUUAUUGAAUCUGAAAUUGAGGAAGAAUUAUCUAAAGAAAAACAAGCUAUAUUUGAAAGAUUAUCAAAUAUAUUCGAUCCGGACACAGCUAUUAGUUUUGUAUGUCCACAAACAAAUGAAGCACGUGAUAAUACUUCACUUGAAGAAUUAAAUCUACUUAAUUCUAAUGAUCAAGAAGAAUUUUUACAGCGACUGCGUUCGGCGGUACAUUUUACGACCACAACGCAGUCACUAUCACAUGUUGAUCUUGAAGCUGCAUAUCAAUCAUUCGUUCGUGAUCAAGUUGCUCAACAAGCAUCACGUCAAGAACUUGAACAAUUUGUACGGAAUAGUUCAGAUAUUGAUUCGGCUAAACGUUAUUUAGACAUGGCUAAUGAGGUUUUAAUAAAUCCUCAUCAGUCUCAGUUAUUAUUUCGCUCAUCAAAACUUAAUGAACAAAAAGCAAAUUUAUUAAAAUCAUCCGGUUAUAGUAACAGUUUACAACAAUUAAAUAAUGAUCCAAGUAUACAAAAAUAUUUUUCCGAAACAAUAAAUAAUACUUCAAGAUAUCCUAUUCAAGAUGAAGAAGAAGAAGAAUUCUUUACUGAUAAACAAAAUCUAUCUCGUUCUCAAUCUAUGCAUGUUCAACAUAAAGAAAAAAAAUAUCAUGUAAAAUUUUUAAAAGAUCUUGAUGCUCAUAAUCCAAUAUAUCGUCCAAUAAGUACUCGUCGUUUACCUUCUACAAAACGAUUAGCAGAAAGAAAUAUUGAAUCAUUAUUUGCUAAAGAAAGUUCUAUUGUACAAGGUCAAUCAACAGAAUCAAAUUUACAUCAUGAAACUUUUCCACCAUUAACUUUAGCUGCAUUAAAAGAAUAUCGUCCAACAUUUACACCUAAAUCAACAUCUCUUCAAAGAAUGUCAUCCGCAAUUAGUAUUCAACAACGACGAAAACCGAUGCGUAAAGCAGAUUUUAUAUGGAACCAAUCAAUUGUUUCAUCAGCAAAACAUAAAUGA